GGUCUGCCUGCCAAGGAAUCAGUGUUCAUUCAAGACCUUGCAACACACAUACAUGUUCCGGUGGUGGAGGUGGUACCGUUUGCAGACAUGGAAGCACCGCCUAUAACAGUUGUGGUGAAAGAUGUACUUGUCACUUUGGCCGCCUGAUCAAUUGCAUUCGAAUAAGGAAAGAAUUCACAGCCAUGUCAAAAGAAGAACGAAGACGCUAUAUAAGCACAAUAAAAACAGCCUCAACUGACCAGCGAUUCAGAGGAGAUUACGAAAACCUGAUCAAUAUGCAUCAAAGGCUUUUCUCCGGGCCAAUCCAUCAGCCACAGCAGUUUCUUCCUUGGCACCGCUGGUACAUUCUGCAAUAUGAAAAUCUUCUUCGGAGGGUCGAUUGUAAGUUUACAGUGGCUUUCUGGGAUUGGAGUCUUGACGCCGAUCCAUGGGGCGCAUCAAACGAGCUGGAACUCUGGCACAGUGGCGACUCCGGUUUUGGUGGGAAUGGCGCUGGUGGUUGUGUGCGGGAUGGACCCUUCAGACAGGGCGUAUGGUCGGCCGUGUCACUUAACGGACGAAAGUGCUUAACCCGUCAAUUUAGGGGCACCCCUCCUGAUUCAGCAGCAGUGCAAGAAGUUAUUAUUCAAAAUAGUUUCGAGACCUUUGAAAGUGAACUCAGGAUAAACCUUCACGACCAAGUACAUUGCCUGAUUGGAGGAACCAUGUGUACAACGGAGUCUGCAUCACCUCCGGAGUUCUUCCUUCAUCAUGGUUUCAUCGAUAAGAUCUGGAAUGACAGACAAAAGAGGACCAGGAACCACGCAUGGCAACAAGUAUCGCUGAUGGGCAGUGGAGGAGUCCAGGCCACAGCGGUCACCGAUCUCUCUCAACAACCGGGGGGCGUGCGAGUUGAGUAUGAGGCAUCUAGCAGGGAAACUAGAAUAAUGGGCCGACUACAAGGCAAGAGUAUCGCGCAAUUACAUGAGACAAAGCGCAAGCCGUUUACCAACCUUCUGGGAGCAUCUCUCCGUCUGUUCCAUGUAAGCACAGAAGAAGCCAAAAAGGCAAAGGAGAAUGAGAAGAUACUUCAGCCUGUGAAUGCUGGUUAGGACGAGGCGCUGGAUACAGCCAGACCGAUGAAACAUCGUACUUAAAACAUAACAUUAAUGGGAUAUAUCAACUGUGCUUUCAAUUCUUUUGUUAGUGUUCAUUACAUUUAUUUAUUUUAUCCUGCAUUUUACGUAUCCUUAACAAGCGAGGCCUUUGUUCAGUAGGGUCUCUCUCGUUUUCUCAUUUUCUUUAUAUAAGUAACAAAUCUUUUACCGGCAUGGACACCAAGGAUGGCAAGUCAGUUGAAAGUAUUCAUAUCAAGCCUUUGGUCAAACACCAAAGAAGGGCUCUAAAAUCAGCAACCGCGGUUUAUUCAAUUAUCGAAACAAAAAAACACUAUAUCUUUUGUUAAUUAUUAUGAAAAGUGUCUGCAUGCCAUGCGUACAGUCAUAUAAACAUGCGUAGUUCAGUUCCAUUGAAAAGCUUCAUGCUUGGGUCAUUCAGAUUCUUGCUUUUUCUUUGGUUUUCUCUUUUAGAAAUAGUUUUUUUUUUGUCGAAUGAUUUUGAACUCCGGCUACCAUCUUGGAUUCGUGAUCAAUUCCUAAAUUUUAAUGUAUAAGAAAGGAAGAGGAAACCAAACAUCCUUCUGUGUUAUUGUUUUUGCUUUUUCUUUGUUUUUUCCCCCCUGUAUUUCAUUUAGGGUAUUAUUCAGAUUCUUUGCUUUUUCUUUGGUUUUCUCUUUUAGAAAUAGUUUUUUUUUUGUCGAAUGAUUUUGAACUCCGGCUACCAUCUUGGAUUCGUGAUCAAUUCCUAAAUUUUAAUGUAUAAGAAAGGAAGAGGAAAUCAAACAUCCUUCUGUGUUAUUGUGUUUGCUUUUUCUUUGUUUUUUUUCCUUGUAUUUCAUUAAGGGUAUUAUUCAGAUUCUUUGGUUUUUCUUUGGUUUUCUCAUUUAGAAAUAGCUUUUUUUGUGGAAUGAUUUUGAACUCCGGCUACCAUCUUAAAUUCGUGAUCAGUUCCUAAUUUUUUAAUGUAUAAGAAAGGAAGAGGAAACCAAAUAUCCUUCUGUGUUAUUGUUUUUGCUUUUUCUUUGUUUUUUCCCCCCUGUAUUUCAUUUAGGGUAUCAUUCAGAUUCUUUGCUUUUUCUUUGGUUUUCUCUUUUAGAAAUAGUUUUUUUUUUUGUCGAAUGAUUUUGAACUCCGGCUACCAUCUUGGAUUCGUGAUCAAUUCCUAAAUUUUAAUGUAUAAGAAAGGAAGAGGAAACCAAACAUCCUUCUGUGUUAUUGUUUUUACUUUUUCUUUGUUUUUCUUUUCCACUGUAUUUCAUUUAGGGUAUCCUCAAAAAUAAACGUUCCGUCAAGGUUUAUCUUUAAAGAGGGAAUCUUGUUGAGGAAACUGUGGUUAGUGCUGCGUCGGUGGGGGAGUAUAACAAGAUAGUUUUUGUUUUAGCAACUGAGUAGAUUAUGUAAAAUGGCCGCCGUAAAACGUUUCAAAGAUAACGUUUCGAGGGUUAGCCCUUUGUCAGCGCGUUUAACUGUAGUCUACAGCCGUAUUUGGGUAACGAAGUUACAUCAUUUCAGUGCUCUACAACAUAAUAAUUAUUCGAUGUAGAAGGUCACAAGAUACUUGGUGUAACAAGUGUUCAAACGUGACCGACUCUAUAGUAAUUCUUAGUGAUAUUUUUGAUUAGCCAUGUUUAGCACUUGUUAUCUUGUUUACUAGUCACUGGAUCAUAACCAUUGGUGACUUGAGCUAAAUUUUUAGAUGUAAGAGUGCAACCAUUUUCCAAACUUUGAAAGUAAUUAGUGUUACAAAUAAAGGAUUUACAUUUU